AUGGGGUAUUACGGGUAUCGGGAUCUUGCUGAGCGUGUGAUGACCAGUCUCCUGGAUGGCAGCCUUGUCGCUAUUGCAGUCACGGCCCUGAUUGCUUUUGGGUUGCCCGUCUUGCUGCAUGUAAUCUUCUACCGAUCCGUUGCAUCGCCGCCGUUAAGCAAUUUUCUUCUUUUGGGACCUAGCGGCGCUGGGAAAACUGCUUUCCUGACACUGCUUGAAAGUAAGACAUCUCGAGUUGCUCAAAGAAAGCAACUUACACACACGUCACAAACAUCUUCUUCGGCUGUCGUCAGCCUUCCUGCCUCGGUCCAGACCGCUUCGAACCGCUACCGGUCUGUCAAUGACUCGUCCCUGAAGGAUGUCUCUAGAAAUCCGGUCAGAUAUCGGGUGAAGGAUACACCCGGUCAUGGAAAACUACGCAGUGCUCAGGGACUCUCGGAGCUGGUUACAAUGUCGACAGCAAAGGACAAGAAUCUCAGACUACGUGGGGUUGUCUUCAUGAUCGACACCGCCGCUAUGAAUGAAGAAGAGACGCUGAGGGAUACCGCAUCGUAUCUGCAUGAUGUCCUUCUCGCUCUUCAGAAACGGGCUCUGAAGAGUGGCCGUUCUUCCGCCAGGGUAGCUGCGGAGAUACCUGUUCUUGUGGCGGCCAACAAGCAGGAUCUUUUCACUGCUCUGCCCGCGGGCUCUGUUCGUGAGAAGCUGGAGGCCGAAAUCGACCGAAUUCGCAAAUCCAAGAGCAAGGGGCUCAUGAAUGCUAGCGAGGAUGCCGGUGGUGCCGAGGACGAAGAUGAAACCUUGGGCAGUGCUGAUGCACAGGGCACUUUCAGCUUCAAGCUUUUGGAGGACGAGGUCGGUGUAAAGGUUGACGUCGUUGGUGGUGCUGUCAAAGGCGAUGAAGAAGGCGAUCUUGGAGCUGGUGUGAGGAAGUGGGAAGAUUGGAUUGGCCAAUGCCUAUGA